UCCUGCGGCCCGCGCCCCCGCGGCACCAUGUCGGUGGAGCUGGAAGAAGCCGAUCUGCCCCUGACUGAGGCGGAGGAGGUGCCGCUCGCCCCGGAGAAGAAAGCGGCCGCUAAGAAAGCGAAAGGCGGCGGCGGCUCCUCGCUGUCGCCGUCGAAGAAGAAGAAGAACAACAAGAAGAAGAACCAGCCGGGCAAAUACAGCCAGCUGGUGGUGGAGACGAUCCGCAAGCUGGGCGAGCGCAAUGGCUCGUCGCUGGCCAAGAUCUACAACGAGGCCAAGAAGGUGGCCUGGUUCGACCAGCAGAACGGCAGGACCUACCUGAAGUACUCCAUCAAGGCGCUGGUGCAGAACGACACGCUGCUCCAGGUCAAGGGCACCGGCGCCAACGGCUCCUUCAAGCUCAACAGGAAGAAGCUGGAAGGCGGCGGCGACGGGGGCGCGGGCAGCAGCGCCCACAAGUCCCACAAGAAGGCGACGGCCUCCACGUCCCGGCGGGCGGAGAAGAAGCCGGCGGCCAAGAGCAAGAAGCCCGAGAAGAAAUCCCACAAGAAGGGAGCCGGCGGCGCGGCGGCGAAGAAGGACAAGGGCAAAGCCAAGAAGGCCACCAAGAAGGGAGCCGCGUCCCCCGGGGGCAAGAAGGUGAAGAAGUCCGCAAAGCCCAAGGCACUCAAGAGCAGGAAGGCAUGAGAGCGGGGCGCAGGGAGCCCCCCGCCGCCUCCCGGACUGUGAGCCCCGCGGCACAGACUGCUCUGAGGACGGACCCCAGGGGACCCGCUUUGUCUUUGUGUUGCUGGCUCGGCCCCGCAGCCGCCGCCGUGCGCGGU